AUGAGCGCCGCAAACAGUACCACUGCCUCCUCUCCGCCUGCAACAGCACAGCCGCCUCCGUCCGAGCAGAAAGCAAAGGACGACUACCCCACGCAUUCAAACCUCUUGAUGUCCGGCGCGAAGAAGAUCUUCAACAAGGCAUCGAUACUGCAUCCGCAGCAAGUCUACACCGCAAGGCUCAAGGCCUCCGAGCAGAGAGUGAACCCACCGCUUCGAAGACUGAGCGUCGACCGCCCGCAACAGCAGCCCAAGGGCGUCAGGGAAACCACCUCGACGCAGCAGCAGCAGCAGCAGCAGCAGCAACAAAAGGCAGCCAACAUGUCCACCUCCGCCACCGCGGGCAGCAGCAGCAGCAGCAGCAGCAGCAAGCCCGGCGAGCACUUCGAGCCGCGGCAGACGGCGACGGACGAGGACUACACGCCGGACCCAUCCAAGUCGCUGCCGCUGGACGGGCCGCGGCAGGCGCUGGUCGACGACAUCGUCGCGCUGUACGGCUGCGCGCCGACGGUGGAGCGCGUGCGGCGCUACGCGGCCGACUGCGUGUACGACGACCAGUUCGUCUACGCCAACGACCGCUUCAAGAUGGCCGGCCAGUGGUUCGCGCUGCCGAAGCUGUUCAGCGCCAGCGUCAACAACGGCUACCAGGUCGUCAAGAACGAGAGGGAUUUCAUACAGUUCAAGAACGAUCAGUCGUGGACUUUCCGCGUCAUUCCAAAGACGGCCCGGGUGACGGGCCUCGUCUCGCUGUCGCUCGACCCGGACACGGUCGACUCGGACUUCAUCCAAGUCAAGUACCACAAGGAUCAGGCCAAUGACAAGGACUACAGCCACGAGGGCUUGGGAUUCAGCUUCAAGAAGUGGCAAGCUGACCAGGUCGCCAAGCAUAUGGAUAGUGAGGAGGUGAAGGCGUUUGAGGCGGACAGGACUGCCGCAAAGGAGCACGUGAGGAAAUACGGCACUGGGGAGGAAGAGGGAAAUGCGCCGAAGGAGGAUUUUACGAAGUACUGA